AUGUGGGCAGUUAUGACAGUUGUGGUCGUGUUUGAAUAUACAGUUGGUGCAACACUUUAUAAAUACUUGAACAGCACCAUUGCAACUUUUCUUGCUGGUAUUCUUGCAGUAGGAAUCCAUUGGAUCGCCAGUCGAUCUGGAGAAAAGUUUGAACCUAUAGUUAUAGGAGUCCCGAUUUUCCUAUUAGCUUCUGUUACGACUUUCUCUAGAUUUAUUCCUGCAGUGAAAGCAAUGUUCGAUUAUGGUGCAGCCCUGCUCCUGUGCUGUGAUGAGGUAAGCCACUCCGUUAGUCCAUCGUCCCCUGCCCCUACUCCUGUUUUCCAUUUUAUGAUUUAG